GCUUCUUCCUCCUCCUCCUCCUCCUCCGUCUUCUUCUUCUUCUUCUUCUUCUUCUUCUUCUUCUUGAGAUUGUCCUUCUCCGUACCGGUGGGAUAAAGCAGCAUUUUCAUCGAGUUUCAUGAUGUCGACCAUGGCGUCAGGUGGUGUAGGUGCUCAGUCACUGGACGUGGUACUUGGAGACCUACGAGUGUUUGUGGCAAAUGCAGAUAGCCAGCUGCGAUCUAUUCUUGGGCUGAUGGGUUGGAGUAAGGAUGCAGUAGGUGCGGCUACGAAAGGGUGCCACGUGGACGCGUUGGACGACGUUUGUAGCAGUGACGGUCUUGUGAGCUGCCCCUGCAAUCCGAGGCACAGAAUGCCUUCUCACGCUCUGUCUGCACAUGUGCGCCAUUGCGAGGCUCGGUCUUCCGGUCUGGAUCCCGACAAAGUCGUGAGACCCCCCUAUACCCCUGCGUUCUUCUACGAGAACGCGCCGUCGGUGGUCCACGUGGCAUCUUCUCUGCAGUCCUUGGGCAAAAGUCGGUAUCAUGCAGUCAAUCCGCCAUCGCCAUGCACUCUGCUCUCUUCCAUGCCUGAAGCCAUGCGCAAAAGAUUUGAGCCGAUCCCAGCGAUUGACAGCAGCGGCGUGCGUUCCAACAACCCUGACGAAAAUGCUGACGUGGCAGAGAAGACUGGGCGCGACGAUGUUCCUGAUAUGAAGAUGAUGACCAGAUGCGUGCCAUGCUGGCAAGGGGCUGAAGGAGACGAAGGUGGACACGUGGCGGGUCGGGACUCCCGCCACGUGGCAGGUCGGGACUCCCACCACGUGGCAAAACGAGUGUCAUCCACAGAGUUAUGGAUGAUCCAACGAGAGGUCGCCAGCUGGACGACGCUUCCGGAGUCAAUCUCGGAUCGGUUACUCGAGGCAGCGAAGCAUACCGCGUGCACAAAAAAGGCAGCGAUAUCCGAUUGGAUACUGAAGCAUGCACCUAGACAUAGGGUAGUUCUAGAUGCCGAGCUGGCCAAUCAAAUUGCCCUUCUCGUUCUCUGCUGCGUGGAGUCGGUUGCGGGUGAACUGUCGUCUACGGACUUGAUGAUAGAAACCCCCAAGGCGCAGCGUUCUCUGACGAAACAGGAGCUGCUGGCAGAGGAAAGAGACUACAAGCGCAGGCGUGUGUCUUAUCGAGGAAAAAGUACCAAGCAAACACCGACGGAGGUUCUGCGUGAUGUCAUUGAUACCCACAUGGAGUACCUGAGGGUGGGAGGCUCUGGUUCUGGCAGCGAGUUGUCCGUACUGCUCUCUACUGAUCGUGAAGCAACUGAUAUGGCAUCAAACAAGGCUAUGAGCUCCGGAACCGGUAGUGUAACGACACCGUGUAGAGCGGCAGAGGGAAGGGAUUCAGGUGAGCAAAGGGAAUCUGCUAGGGAACACAGAGGUAGCCGGAGAGGGGAUGGACCAAAUUGGAGGCAAUCUGAUGAUUGGGGAAGUGAACGACGGUCUGAUGAUUGUCUUUAUGAGGAGGGGGCCGAGGGACGUCGACAGGAGCAGCGUCGUAGCAGCUCGCGAUAUCAUUUGGAUGAUGAAAGGUCACAUGGACAUUCAAGAGGGUACUCCAGCUCAAGGACAGAAGGUGGAAGUCGAGACAGAGUCACUGGAGAUCACAAGUAUAGGCAGAGGGAGAGAGACACAGACGAACGGGGGAGAGAAUGGCCCAGUGGUACCCGGAGAAGUGAAAGGGAGUAGUUUGUCUUAUCAGGAAAAAGAAAAAGAAAAAAAAAAUUAUUUUGCGUUGAUUCUAUUGAUGGUA